GAAACCAAACAGUCCAGGCGGCCUGCAAGGGUCUUGCAAUUAAAUCUAAGAAAAACGGACAUAAGGAACGUGGUGAAACUAUGGAGACUUUUGAGGUGGAGGCUCCGGCUAUACCUACAGAAGAACAACCUGCCCCGAAUCACGGGCCACCGUAUCCAAAGAAAAAGAAAAAGAAAAAGCAGCCUCUGCAUUCUGCUGACAUAGUGUUCUCCAAAGGCCAUGCUUUCCUUUCUGUCCCCUCUCUGAGCAAAGUGUUGAAGGACAUCACAGACAGCAUCAUCGGUCUUCAGUACGUCUGGGAAUACCGCAGCCCCAGUAAAUUGGUCCAACCGCAUUACCAGUGCAAGCUGUGUUCCCUGUCCCGUGUGCAGCAUGACAUGGUUGAUCAUGUCAAAGGCUGGAAACACAGCUUCAGAUACAUGAAAAAAACUCACCCUGAUAAGGUUAUCUGGGAAGAGGAAGAUGGCGUCAAGGACCCUACAGUCAGAAAGGCAAUUAAAGUUGCUGCUGCAGAGGUGGAAAAAGCGGAGGGGAGGGGGCAAAUCAGGGUGAUUCUGAAGGAGCCCUAUCUAGUGCUUGCAUUUAAAGGACUCCGUUCUGCUGUUCCCAGACCGAUUAAUCCACGAAAUAAAGAAAUGAGACCAAUGGGUCCUCCAUUUGGCCCUAGGUUCCAUGACGCGAGGUUUCCAGGAGAGUUUGCCCCUCAUGGAGGACCUCACCCUGGUUUUCCAUGUGGGGAAUACGAGGAACCCUCAUAUGGAGGCUACAUGUCAGGACCAGCUUUCCCUGACAGCAGCAUGGCUCCAGCUCCGUACGCAAACAGUAUCGGUCCUGGACAAGAUGGAUAUGGAAGAGGUGAACCGAUGGUUGAAAGCUCAAACACAGCAUAUACCAAUGAGUACCAGGAAAACUCAGUGGACAGAUCGAUAAGCAAGCCAGUGGACCGACCCGGAUUAUUGGGAGCCGCUCCACAGAGUAGCAACAUGCCUGCAGUGCUGAAACACUUGGAAUCUUUCCAAAUAGAGAAUGAGAAUGAUGCACAGCUUGUUUUGAAAGUGACACAAAGGCUAACAGAUGCGCUGAUGGAGUACAGGCUGAGGACCAUUCCUGCGGCAUCGACUUUUUGCAACCCGUCCUUGAACUUUUCUAACACUCCUCCAAGGUUGCAAAACGACCGAUAUUCAAGUAAUCAGUCUGGUUCAUCCAGAUAUCCUGACCCUCUGCAGAAAUACUUCAACUGAUUGUCAGAAGAUGGCGCUUCACUCCUCUUCUCCGUCUCUCACCGAUGCACAAGUCCAGUUUUUCCCUGUGUAUAUUAAUUUUGGGUAGCUUUUUCCCCCUCCGUUUUAAUUUUCACUUCCUCAGAUCAAGGGAAGUUUUACAUAACAGAAUGUUUUAGUUGAUUUAUGUCGCCAUUGUCUCUUUUCAGAUGUAAUAAAGAACUUGAUGUAACAUCAAAUCA